AUGGCCGACAAGUUGGUUACGUCAGUUGUAAAGUGCUUGGCUUCCUCCACAGGGGCCUCGGGUUCAACAGGGUUCUCAGGGUUGACCCAUGUUGCUAGUAGAGGCGCAGAUAGAGUAGAGGCAAGGGCUGGUUACUCUUUUGAGACUUUUAUGAAGCAGAAUCCCCCUUCCUUUGAUGGGAAGCUAGAUCCUACAGAAGUUGAGAACUGGUUCUUGCAAAUGGAGAAACUGUUAGAAGCUUUAGAUUGCACUGACUCUCAGAAGGGAACGGACACUAAGAGAAAUCCCAUCACUUGGAAGAAAUUUAAAGGGGUUUUCUAUGAUAACUACUUCCUUGAGGUGGUUCGGGAACAAAAAGAAAAGGAAUUUGCUGAUUUGGUGCAAGGAAAUAUGACUGUUGAGCAGUAUGCAGCUAAAUUCAAUGAUUUAUCUCACUUUGGACCCCACUUAAUCCUUACUGAGGCAAAGAAAGCAAGCAGAUUUCAAAUGGGGUUGAAUGAGAGACUUCGACACCAUCUGAUUGUAUCAAGGGUUGAUAAUUUUGCAAAGUUAGUUAAGAGAGCUAUGAGACUAGAGGAAAAUUUCAAGAAUAAUGUUAGGAAGGAGAACCCACCUAGAAACACUAGACAGUUAGGCUUUCAACAAGGUAGUGCUCGAGGUCAUUGGAACAAGAAAGGAUCUUUUGGGAGGUUUGGGAGUAAUUCAUCAUCAAAUAAGCUAGAAAAUAAGAAUCCACCCCAGAAUGCUCAAGGUAGAAGUUCGAAUGCUUGCCCUACAUGUGAAAGGUUUCAUGGAGAUAAGUCGUGUUUCUUUGAAGGAAAGGCUUUUUAUAAUUGUGGGAAGACAUUACACUUAGCUAGAAGCUGUACAUCUCCUUAA